AUGUCGGCCGCCGCUCCCUCCACUGAUCCGGUUCAAAACGCAUCUUCAGGGAAGAAGAAGAGCGGCAAGAAGAAGAAGAACAACGCCAACAAGCCCAAGGAACCCAUAGACACAGACAGCGCGCCUCCUCCGUCCGAAAAUGCAGAGUAUGGCGAUGAUGAGCCGGAAACCCCGGUGCAGGCUUCCGCGCCGAUAGAAGAAUCCAGCCCCGAACAGUCAACGGGUAAAGACACAACAGCCAAUGGCCACACGGAGCGGCCGACGAGCAACGGACAUGCGAAUCCCCCGAUAGAGGCGGCCGCAGAGGAGCAGGGAACCAACCCCGAUGCCACGGCAAAGCUGGACGCCCUCACAAAGGAACGAGAGGCGCUGCGAUCAGAGGUCGAGCAAUUAAGGAAGCAGCUGGAGACCAUUCAGGGAACACACAACGAGACCGUCACCCAGCUCAAGUCGGAACUAGAGGAGACGUCGUCGGCCAAGGAACAGGCAGAAGAGAGCUACCAGGGUCUCCUCGAGCGAGUCAACCACCUCAAGUCGACGCUCGGCGAAAGACUGAAGCGCGAUCGCGCCGAGCUGGAAGAGGCCAAGGAGCGCAUCGAGGAGCUCGAGUCCCAGAACGAGGAGCUGCAGAAUGGCGCCAAGGCAUCCGAGGAAGAGGUGGCGAAGCUCCGGGAUGAGCUGCAGGACACAUCGCGCGAGGCGACAAGUCUGCGCAGCCGAAGCAAUCUGUCCCAGCAGAACUGGGUCAAGGAGCGCGAGGAGCUUAUGAGGCUGGUCGCCAACCUCAAAGAGGAAGUUGAGACGACGACGAACGCCAUGGGCGAGUGGGAGGUCAUCGCCAUGGAGGAGCGAUCCGUCAAGGAGAGCCUGGUCGAGAAGGUGACGGAGCUGGAGGAGCAGAUUGCCGGCCUCCGUGACGGCUACGAGAGCGCCGCGUCCGAGCGAGAUCAGCAAUCGCAGGUCAUUGACAACUUGCAAAAGGCCCUUCGCGAAAUCCAGGAUGCGCGGAAGAAGGAGCUGCGGGAGAUGGUUGAGACGUCAGAAGAGCAGCUGCAAGCCAUGAAGAAGCUUGUGCAAGAGGCGGACACCAGGGCUACCGAGGCCGAAUCGGCCAAGGAAACCCUCACCAAGGAGCUCGAGCGCACAGCGCCAUUCGAAAAGGAGGUCAAGGAGAAGAACCUCUUGAUUGGCAAGCUGCGGCAUGAGGCCAUUGUGCUCAAUGACCAUCUCACCAAGGCUCUCCGUUACCUGAAGAAGACGAAACCAGAGGACAACGUUGAUAGACAAGUCGUGACGAAUCAUCUCCUUCACUUCCUCACUAUCGACCGCUCCGAUCCCAAGCGCUUCCAGAUCCUGCAGGUCAUGGCCGGCUACCUCAAUUGGACGGACGAGCAGCGCGAGCAGGCCGGGCUCGCCAGGCCGGGCGCGUCGAGCAGCAUACUCCGCUUGCCGGCCUCCCCCUUCCACCGCACGCCCAGCACCCCGUCGCUGAGCGCCGAGUUCUUUUCCGAGACGCCCACCUCGGCGAACAAGGAGUCCCUCGCGGACCUGUGGGCGGGCUUCCUAGAGCGCAGCGCCGAGGAGGGCCUGGAUCAGGGCUCGUCGGCGGGGACACCGCGCGAUCGCAAGGACAGCGGGAGUAGCGCGGCGACGGGACGGGGCGGCAGCUAG